AAAGAAAAAAACACAAAAGCUUAGAAAUAAAAAGUAUCUUUGUCCACCUCGACGGCGCGCGCUCUCCUUUCGCCUUCGCCGAAGCUUCGCGUCGCCAUCGCUGCGCCUGCGCGCUUCCUCCUCCUCCUCCGGUUUGGUUUAAAUCCCCACCCGAUUCCCCUCGCGGAUCCCUCCCUCCCCUUCGGUUCAAUCCGCGCCACCCUCCGACGACGGCGAACCGGCGAUCGACGGCGCGUUUCUGGCCGGGUCGGGUGGUGGUGGUCGCAUGGCGGAGACACGCAAGUUCUUGAUGCCCAACCAGCCCCCGGAUAUUUCGCAGAUGGUGCUGGAGGCUAGGAAGCGAUGGUUGCGACCCACUGAAAUAUGCGAAAUACUCUCAAACUACAGGAGUUUCUCUCUCUCGCCUGAGCCACCAAACAGGCCCGGAAGUGGCUCUCUUUUUCUAUUUGACCGCAAAACAUUAAGAUACUUCAGAAAGGAUGGGCAUAACUGGAGGAAGAAAAAGGAUGGGAAGACCGUUAAAGAAGCUCACGAGAAACUAAAAGCUGGCAGCAUUGAUGUUCUACACUGCUACUAUGCUCAUGGAGAGGAAAAUGAGAACUUCCAAAGAAGGACCUAUUGGCUGUUGGAAGAGGAUUUCACGCACAUUGUUCUUGUACACUAUCUUGAAGUCAAGGGUGUAAAGCAAAGUUUUAGUCGUGCUAAAGAAGAAAUUAUGCAGUUAUCUGGUGCUGAUAGUCCAUCGUGUUCAAAUUCGAUUACUAGUCAGAACCAGAUGACCCCACAAAUAAUGGAUGCAGCUGAAAGCCCAAUUAGUGGGCAGAUUUCAGAGUAUGAAGGUGCUGAACCAGCAGAUAAUUGCCCAGCAAGCUCCAGAUACAACCCUCUCAUUGAGAUGCAGCAGCCUCUGGAUGGAAUCGUGAUGGAUAACAUUUUAUACCCUUCUUCUUCAGCCAUCUGUAACCAAGUUUCAGGUUAUCAUGGUGAAUUGCCACCAGGAACAUCUAAUCUAAAUGGUCAUACAUUUUCUCACAGUGACAUAGCUAGAAUGUUUGAUGAUUCCAGCUCUGGGCUAAGAGACAUUUCCAGAACCCUGUUUGAUUCAAUGCCUUACGAUGAGCAUUUCUCAGGAUAUGCAAAUGGAUUCAUGGAGCCAACUCUUCAUUCUUCUUUUUCCAUGAUAGAGGCUAACAAUCUGGAGGAUAGCUCUCUUCUGGAGACAUAUACAUCUGAAGCUCUUUACACUAACAACCUCAGCCAGAAGGAAGCUGAUGCACUAAGUUUUGCUGGCAUAUCAUCGCCAGAGGUGAAUGGUAAUAAAUAUACUGAAGGAAGCACCAAGCAUCCGCUCCUGAAGCAAUUGUCAUUAGAUCUAUUUAAGAUUGAGUCUUCUGGUUUAAAGAAACAUGACAGCUUUUCAAGGUGGAUGAGUAAAGAACUUGGAGAGGUGGUUGAUUUGGGUAUCAAAUCAAGUUCUGAUGCUCUCUGGAGUAGCAUUGAGAUUGUGAAUGCUGCCGAUGGUCCUAGUGCACCAACUAAUGAACAGUUAGAUGCUUAUGCAGUGAGCCCUUCACUUGCGCAAGACCAACUAUUCAGCAUUCUUGACAUUUCACCAAGCUGCUCAUAUAUUGGUUUGAAGACAAAGGUUCUGGUAACUGGUACAUUCCUGGCAAGUAAAGAGAAUGUGGAAAAUUGCAAGUGGUCAUGCAUGUUUGGGGAUGUUGAAGUACCAGCUGAGGUUUUAGCUGAUGGUUCCCUACGCUGCUAUGCACCAGAACAUCAAUCUGGAAGAGUUCCCUUUUAUGUGACAUGCUCAAACAGGAUCGCUUGUAGUGAAGUGCGAGAAUUCGAGUACCGGGAUUCUGAUGCUCAGUACAUGGAGACAUCACAUUCUCAAGCCAAUGGUAUAAAUGAAAUGCAUCUACAAAUUCGUCUUGAGAAGCUACUCACUUUGGGGCCAGAUGACAAUCAACUGCUUGUUUGUGGAAAUGAAAAACUUGAGUUAAUCAAUGCUAUAAACUCCCUGAUGCUUGAUGAGAAAUGGUCAGAUCAGGGAUCACCAUCCGGCUCUAAAGAUGUUGUCACCCCAAGGAACCAAAGUUUAAAGAAAUUGAUGAAAGAAAAGCUUCAUUGUUGGCUUAUCUAUAAAAUAUAUGAUUGUGAGAAGGGCCCAAAUAUACUGGGAAAGGAAGGACAGGGUAUAAUUCAUUUGGCGGCUGCACUGGGCUUCGAUUGGGCUAUAAGACCAAUACUAGUUGCUGGUGUCAAUGUGAACUUUCGGGAUGCUCAUGGAUGGACUGCACUUCAUUGGGCUGCGUCUUGUGGAAGAGAGCGAACAGUGGGCGUCCUUAUAGCAAAUGGAGCUGCAGCAGGUGCAUUGACAGAUCCUACUUCUGAAUUUCCUUCUGGAAGAACUCCAGCCGAUUUAGCCUCUACGAAUGGACACAAGGGAAUUGCCGGUUUUCUCGCGGAAUCUGCUUUGACAAGCCAUCUGUCAGCACUUACUUUAAAGGAAUCAAAAGAUAGCAAUGCGGAAGAAGCAUGCAGAUUAACAAUUCCUGAAGAUCUCCCUGAAAUGAAUUAUGGUCAGCUUGCUGUACAGGAUUCUCAUGCUGAAUCAUUAAAGGAUUCAUUAAGUGCUGUUCGUAAAUCCGCUCAAGCUGCAGCUAGGAUAUUCCAAGCCUUCAGGGUGGAAUCAUUCCACAGAAAGAAGGUCGUGGAAUAUGGAGAUGAUGAUUGUGGAUUAUCUGAUGAACACACAUUUUCACUUAUUUCUCUUCAAAAGGUCAAACAAGGGCAACAUGAUACACGUUUGCAUUCUGCUGCUGUACGUAUCCAAAAUAAGUUCCGAGGAUGGAAGGGAAGAAAGGAGUUUAUGAUCAUUCGCCAGAGAAUUGUGAAGUUACAGGCUCAUGUGCGAGGACAUCAAGUGAGGAAAAACUAUAAAAAAGUAGUCUGGUCAGUAGGUAUUGUCGAGAAAGUUAUAUUGAGAUGGAGGAGAAAGGGACGUGGUUUGCGUGGCUUUCGACCUGAGAAACAAUUAGAAGGCCAGACACAAAUCCAGCCUGCAAAAACAGAGGAUGAAUACGAUUACUUGCAGGAUGGCAGAAGACAGGCUGAAGGCAGACUACAGAGGGCACUGGACCGGGUGCGCUCUAUGACACAAUACCCAGAAGCAAGAGAACAGUACCGUAGGCUUACAACUUGUGUUGCUGAAAUGCAACAGUCCAGGAUGAUGCAGGACGAGAUGCUAAGUGAGGCAGCUGGUGCUGACGGAAGUGAUUUCAUGAAUGGACUGGAGGACUUGAUAUGCAGAGACGACCCCCAAAUGUCUGCCAUUUGGUGAAGUCGAAGUUGUUACAUCAGUUAGGCUGAUCAUUGCCUUGUUCAUUGCCAUAUUAGCCUUGUAAAUUCUUCCGCUUGUAUUUCACUCACUGCUUAAUAUCUAGCUCAUGCUGUUAGUAUUAUGUAACUCUGUGCACUGAUCAUAAUAGAAUAUUUCUCUCCUGUAUGUUACAGGUAGGUUAUGCACCAGC